AUGUACACCUACACUCCCACUCACCGUUUCCUCGUCCUCUCUGCUGCCGACUCGGUUCCCUUUAACCCAGCCAACAAGUUCCUUGUGUUGUCGCCGACUGAGUCGGGGCCAGACCCUCGCGUCUUUGAGCAGGCUGUGGCUGACUCCCCCUCCACCGAAGAGAGCCCUAACGGGGUUCCCAAGUCGCACCGCUCCGACAGCACAUCGUCUACAUCAUCUGAGGAUUCCACAAACGGCUUUCUAUUCCUGGGCCACACUGGUCGACGAUUCUCUCAGUGA